AUGUCUAACCACUACGAUAACUGGGAGAGACUCGUGGAAGUUGUUCUUCGGAGAGAAAAAGACCGAGAAGUUGCUUUAGCUGACUCGAGGGAAUCAAGUUUCAGAUCCAUAUCCUCUAGUUCCAGAUUCGGGCUCGAUUCUUCAUUUCAUGAGCAGAAUCCUCAACUUGAAGCUUAUCAUUCCAAUAGUGUAAAUUUGCUUGGAGACCAGAUGGGAGUUUUAGGAAUAGAAGGACAGAAAGGGGAAGAGAUGGCAGCAAAUGGAAAGGGGAUAAAGCCUGCUUUUCCUGAUGACAUCAUCAAUCGGUUAUUGACAUCCCGGUCUCACAGGGACGGGCGGCAGGUGCAGAUGUCGGAGAAAGAGAUCCACACUCUCUGUACUACCUCGCGUAAAAUCUUUCUUUCACAGCCUAAUUUCCUUGAGCUUGAAGCUCCUGUAAAGAUUUGUGGCAACAUUCAUGGUCAGUACAGAGAUCUUUUAAGGCUUUUCGAAUUUGGGGGAUUCCCUCCAGAGGCCAAUUAUUUGUUCUUAGGCGGAUAUGUGGACUAUGGCAAACAGAGUAUAGAAACAAUAUGCCUUCUUCUUGCCUACAAAAUUAAAUAUCCCGAAAAUUUCUUUCUUUUAAGAGGAAAUCAUGAAUGUGCUUCUAUUAAUAGGAUAUAUGGAUUCUAUGACGAAUGUAAACGUCGCUACAAUGUGAGACUAUGGAAAGCCUUUACUGACUGUUUUAACUGCCUUCCGGUGGCUGCUCUUAUUGAUGAGAAAAUAUUCUGCAUGCAUGGUGGUCUUUCUCCUGAUCUAAUUAACUUUGACCAAAUAAGGACUAUGCCUCGUCCAACUGCUGUUCCCGAGUAUGGUUUGCUUUGCGACUUACUUUGGUCGGAUCCUGUCGAAGGAAAAGGUUGGGGGAUGAGCGAUAGGGGGGUCUCAUUCACUUUCGGUUCGGAUAGGGUAACUGAAUUCCUAAUAAAGCAUGAUUUAGACCUUGUAUGUCGGGGUCAUGAGGUCGUGGAAGAUGGAUAUGAAUUUUUUGCUGAGAAACAGCUAGUUAAAAUAUUUUCUGCUCCCAACUUUCGUGGUGAAUUCGAUAAUGCUGGUGCAAUUAUGAGCGUUGAUGAUACUUUGAUGUGUUCGUUUCAGAUCCUGAAACCAGCCAAUAGAAAAUAUCGGUUUUUACGAAGUGAAAUUUGA